AACUUUGCAUAUCUGUGAUCUGUGGUCGACAGCGGGUGUAAUAGUUGUCGUGACUUUCAAUUCUUAUUUAUUGUAAAAGUUUUGUGUAUUAUUAACACUUAUCUGGCUUUUAUUAUAAAAUAACUGAUAAAACACACAUUACAAUGCCUAAAUACUCAGUAAAAGUCAAAUGGGGCAAGGAGAUGUUUCCGGGUGUGGAGGUGAACACAGAUGACGACCCUGUCCUGUUUAAGGCACAAAUUUUUGCCCUGACGGGGGUGCAACCUGAGAGGCAGAAGGUUGUGUGCAAGGGGGUCACACUGCGGGAUGAGGAGUGGGGCACCUUUAAGCUAGUUAAUAAUGCCAUAGUUCUAGUGAUGGGCAGCAAGGAGGAGGAUGUGCCUUCAGCUCCGGUGGAACAGACCAAGUUUGUGGAGGACAUGAAUGAGUCGGAGCUGGCUACCGCUCUGGACCUCCCUGAAGGCCUGAUAAAUUUGGGCAACACCUGCUACAUGAACGCGACCGUGCAGUGCCUCAAGACUGUUCCAGAACUGAGAAACGCACUCCUCAGUUAUAACAAAAACAGCGGCGGCGGCACGGCGGGCGAGCUGACGGCGGCGCUGUCGGACACGGUGGCGGCGCUGGAGGGCGGAGGAGCCGGCGCGUGCGCCAGCGCGGCGGCGCGCAUGCUGCGCGCGCUGCACGCCACCGCGCCGCGCUUCGCCGAGCGCGCGCCCGGCGGACACCUGGCGCAACAGGAUGCCUCCGAGUGCUGGACGGAGAUCGUGCGCGCCCUGCAGCAGCGCCUGCCGGUGUCGGCGCCGCCGCCGGUUAACGCCGACAGGACAUCAGUAGUAGAGCAGUACUUCGGCGGCACCCUGGACGUGGAGCUAGUGUGCUCGGAGGCCGAGGAGCCUCCCACCAAGGCGCACGAGACCUUCCUGCAGCUGUCCUGCUUCAUCUCACAGGACGUCAAGUAUCUGCAGUCGGGGCUGCGCUCGAAAAUGUCAGAGCAAAUCACAAAACUAUCAGAAACGCUGGGAAGAGAUGCGAUCUACACAAAAACAUCAAAAAUCAGCCGUCUCCCAGCAUACCUGACAGUGCAGUUCAUCCGCUUCUACUUCAAAGAGAAGGAGUCCAUCUACGCGAAGAUUCUCAAGGAUGUCAAGUUUCCCGUCGAGCUGGAUGUGUACGAGCUGUGCACACCGGAGCUGCAGGAGAGGCUCAUGCCGAUGAGGAAUAAGUUCAAGGAAUUAGAAGACGCGUCAGUCGAGUCAUCGUUACACGCGAAGAAUAAGAACCACGGCGACAGCAAAAAGGACUCCAAACCUAAAAGAGCAUUGCCAUAUUGGUUUGAAAAUGACGCAGGCAGCAACAACAGCGGGUACUACCGUCUCCAAGCCGUGUUGACGCACAAGGGCCGCUCGGCGACCAGCGGUCACUACGUGGCCUGGGUCCUGCGCGGCAACACGUGGCUGCGUUGCGACGACGACGCCGUCACGCCCGUGCCCGAGGAGGAGGUGCUCAAGCUCAGCGGAGGAGGUGACUGGCACUGCGCCUACCUGCUCCUGUACGGGCCCAAGAUCUGCGAGAUCCCGGAGCCCGAGGAGGAGGAGCCCAUGGUGACCGAGGCCAGCGAGGACUACGCCCCGGCGCCGCACGGACCCACCGCGCAGGCGUAAACUGCCACUGAAGGCUCGUGAAGGAUUGCACAUUGCUCCUUUCUGUUCUGGAUAGAUUGGGACAUGGGAGCUUUGAAUAUUCAUAAUCAGCCUAAAGCAAUUUACUACUCUACAGUCACCUGCAAUAAUAUGUUACUCUUCGAAGGCCGCAAAAAUAUGUGACACGCUCUUAUGGCUCUAUAAAUAAGAUCGUAUAACAUAUGAUUGCAGGUGACUGUACACAGACUUCUAAAGGGGCGUCCAUAUGCCUGCUCAGGAUUCGCUCACUGCUCGCAUGAACUAGUGUUGGUUAUGACUCGAGUCCUUUUAGUUUGUUACAGAACCGGAGUCUUUUCUAGACUCCUGUCCUUUUCAGAUAACUUUCAAUUCAUUUAUUAAACAAAAAAAAUGCAGUUUUCUUCGUGUCUUCUUUUCUUACCUGUUAUUUAGAUAAAACCCUUAAAACCUGUAACAUUGUUGAUGAAGUCUCUAUUCGGACGCUGAAGUCUUUGUGUUGUGCUUAUAAAAGACUCAAGAAAGGACUCGACUCGGGACUUAAGGCGGUUCCCUGAGCCAGAAGGCGAAAAAAUCUCCUUAUAUGAUCUUUUUUCUAAGAGGCGUUGAUAUUCGUAGACGUGGAAAAAAUAUAUGUAGUUCUUGACUAUAUUAUCUUUAACAACAUAGCUUCCGAUACACGAAUUAUGACACUUCGCUCGAUACAAUUAAUUCCCAAAGUAACCUCUAACUCGGACUUUUAAUCCUACUUUACUCGGUUAUUUAUUAUAAACAAAAAAGAAUUCGAUCAGAAUUGACACUUGGCGCGUAUGUUCUUUCCCGUUCUUUCUUGCGAAAUGUGACAAAGACAGCGGCAAACGGCCUUAAAAGACUCGGAAGUUUUUUAAGCGCUAAGGUGGUAUCCCUGUCUAAUUUCUUUGACCAAUGCGAUUGCAUCUCACUCUCGCAUUAAGCAAAAUGUGAGACGCAAUACACAUUGGACAAAGAAAUUGGACAGGUGUAAUACCACCCUAAUACUUGUAUAGUUGGUCAAACCAAAUUGUCAGUAAAUAAGAAUAAAAAAAACUAUACUCAUCCCUUUCUUUUGGGUGCUAGUACUAGUGUAAGACGAAGAUAGUAUGAUUCUCUAUGUUUGAAAUGAGACAGUCCUUUGACAAACUAUAAAUACUAGUUUUUCAAAUUUAGACUAAAAAGACUCGGGACCUAACACUAACAUAAAUUACUGUCCGCGCGCCAAUUCCGUGCAUUCAGAGGGGGAAGGGGGGGGGGGGGGUCCGCCGCGCCCGUACGUACAAAAUGACACCACUGAUAUGACGCCCAUUCCGAAUAUUCCUCAGCCGUGCACGGAAUUCGCGCGCGGACAGUACGUAGUAAGAUGUGCAGUGCGCCAGUGCCCUGUUCGCGGCGUGUUCGCCAGUAAAUCUAGAGCAUACUAGUUUCCUCACAAGUCACAACCUACAUCCUUCUAUCUAGCAUAUGGCCUGCCCACUUGCCCAGUGUCCACAACUUCUGACCUUACUCGUCAUUGUACCCUUUGACCGCCAAAGACGUCAGCUGAUGCGCGCGGCUACAGACCAAUAUCAACCUUCGUGCAUUUCAACAAGGUUCACUAUGACGCGCCGCAAAUAGAUAGGCGUGACAUUCAAAGGCUUGCUAGAGUAAAAUGGAGGAAUUAAUUUAGAGCUCUCCCUGUUACCAAAGAGAAUUAAGAAGCCAUAGAGUGCUCACUCCAUACAUCGGUUUGGUUACCAAACAGACUAUUAUUUUCGUAGUCUACAUCUAGCGUCAAGUAGCGGAACUCUCAGUACUGCUACUUGACAAUAGAUUUCGCUGCAAACGGAAAGUCUAAUGGUCGACGAUUUUCAGCUAAUAUUAUAACCAGAGUAACCGGAACUGUAUUUUCAACUCAUUCUGCUUAUAAAUCAUAAAUCAUUUAUUUAUAAUAUUAGUUAUAAAUUGUUGAGCAAUACGCAUUUCGUCAGUCGCGACACAUGUGACAUUCUGUGUCGAGUCACAGAUUAAUAAAUAGUUACUACGUAACAGAUACAUCAUUCCCAAACAAACGCGAAAAUACCUACGCUAUAAUAGCCUACAAAAUUUUAAUAAUAAUACCUGCUGCUCAGGACGAGAAGAAAUGUACCAUAAGUACGCGCACAAAGAGUCGAGACUGUGUUGCCCGGCGUGCGAGUCACGCAAAUAUUUAAAAACAACACUUAUCACACCUAUCAACUGACUCAAAAACUCCUUAAUUUACGAUUUACCUAAUUAUGUACAAAGAAAUAAAUGGUGACAAAAUUCAUAAAUAUAGAUUUAAAAUACUACUCACCUUUCUUCGUCUCUCGGAAACGAAAAAAAAAUGUUUUUUGACUUUUACACCCAUCUACUGCACAAUAAUUACGUGGUUUCGGCAUUUCUAAGCGUAAGCGCGGGAAACGUGCGGUGCGAGCGCUCAGGCGGGCGUUCGGCGGCCCUCUGUCGGUUGUAUCGUCGACGAUACGCCGAGCGGUAGGCAUAUAGCGCGUGGCCUUGAGCGAGUGACGGAGGCCUGGUAGAGUAGCAGUUCUGAUCGAUCCGCUACUUGACGCUAUAUGUAGACUACGAAAAUAAUAGUCUUUUUGGUAACAAAACCGAUGUAUGGAGUUAGCACUCAUAUGUCUUCUUAAUUCUCUUUGCUGUUUUUUUUAAGUGUCCCACUGCUAGGCAAAGGCCUUCCCCCUAGACUUCCAACCCUUUCGAUUAACCGCAGCAUGUUAGUAGCAGCUUUGCUGUUACUUAACAUUUAUUCCUUUUUUUAUUUGUAUUUUGUUGUAGGUACUAUACUACAACUUAAAAUUGGCUUCAGUGUCCUUAACUUUCGGAAACAGACUGGUUUUUUUUUAUUAAUCUCAGUAUGACCCAUCUUCUGAUACUAUAUGGGACAACAUAGCUUUUCCCACGGUGCAAAUAACUGCAUUACAAUCAUUCGUAUUUAUUCGAACUCACUUUAUAAAAAGAUAACGUGACUGUUUUGCGUAUAAAUUAUAUUCUCAAAAUACGUUUAAAUUAUGGUCCGAGUUGGUUGACGUAUGAUAAAGUAUAUGCUUUCGUAUCCAAGUAAGGAAAUAAUACAUACGUCAAUAAAUAACUCUUCAACAUAUAAAAUUCUCUGCUCUCAUAUGUUAUUACUAUGUAGGUAUUUAUUUGGCAUUUCUACCAUAAAAGAGUAAUUAUCUGUUCUUUAUGUUGAUGUAUCCAUAAAAAGUCUGAUUUUGAAAAUGGAUUUUACCCGUAAUAUUAAUAUACAAACACUGAUUGUAACUACGUAUACCAUUAUACUGUAGCCAAAUUUUUAAUAACAUUUACUCUUCAUUGUGAAGUAUUAAUGAAUUUACGUACCUAAACCUGCUAGGUGUCAUACUAUAGUAUAAGCUAGAAACUGACUGUCCACACAAAAUUAUACCUUAUUUUUAGGUAAUAAGGUGUAAUAUUGUAGCUAAAACUGUAUGUUCAACCAAAUGUUUAUCCCUGGACUUCAACCAACCAGCGGUGACAUAACUUUUGGUGCCGAACGCCCUGAAAAAGAGAUGCGAAUAUGUUUUCUACUAUUACAUGUAGUAAACGUCCUUUGCCAUCGUAUUUUCUCGGAAACGUUUUUGUCGUGCUACUUCAGUUAACCUCAGUACUUUUUGUACUGAGACUGACUAAAAAACAUAACACGUUCGUGCGUUUCCGUGAGAAUACGGUGGUAAAGGAUUGUUCACUACAUCUGUACUAUUAGGUAUACUAAGGCGUUUGGUUGGACGGACUACAUUUUAAAUAAAAAAAAUGUGUAAAUUACGUGUACCUCGGGCCAACGGCACUAGUGAUCGUUAAUUUAUUGUAAUUGGCAUUUUGAAUGCGCUGUUAACUGCUUAAGGCAUUUCGUUUUUAUAGUUUCUCAAUAAAAUGUCGUCUGAUUUCUCUUUAUACAAUGUAGUUAACUAUUGAAUUUUAUAAGACUUAUAAAAUAAAUAUUGAUCGAAAAAUAUUUU